AACAGCAAAACAGUUUGUUAGCAGAUAUGCGUAGACAUAGUACGCUGUUGACAGAUCAUUUGAGCAUUGGCAGCGAGCGAGAGUUAGCAUAAUACUCAAGAAACCGCUAUCUAUCUAUUAAUAUUAACAGACAAAGAGUGACCAACAAAAACAACAGCAAAUGUUAACAAGUUGUUUGAUGUUAAUGCUGAUGUUGCCGUGAUUUCUUCGGACUCUGUCCAAUUUGCUCAUAUUGUUGAAGACUGUGUCAAGUGUUCGGUUCGUGAUUAUUAUAGUGGCGUAUUUUCCGUUUUUUUUGUAAUUUGUUUUUUGUUUGUCGUUGUUAUUGUCGCCUGCCGGUCACAUAUACAUAAAUAAACGCAUACGUAGUUUCCAUAUAUUGUGAUUGUGAUCGCGAGCAAAGGAGAGAGCGAGAUGCACUAACAGCGGUUGUGAUAAAAACGCUGCUUUAGUGUUGUGUAUUUUUGGUUUUUGUUCUUGUUCUUCGUGCGGGCAAGUGGAUAUGAAUCAUUCGGCGACUACAAUUACAAUUACAAAUACAAUGCGAGUGCGAGUGCGAGGAGUGUGAGCGCAAAUCAUAAAUAAAUAAACUGUCCAGUCAAGCAAAAGUUAAACGAAACGAUAAACGAAGCAGGAACAGUCAACAAUCGACUCGCUCUCUCACACACACACACUCACACACGCACAUUAUGUGCUCGCGUCGCGUCGUCAAUUAAAUACUACGCGUACUUUGUUGUUGUUUUCAAAAUGCGCAAAGGCAACAACAAAGCAGCAGCAGAGGAACAACAACAACAACAACGAGAACAACAGCAACAAAUGUGGCCAACAUCGAGUUCGUCGAGUGCAGCACUUUAAGAGCAAAUAAUUCACAUUCGUUUUACUACAUACAUAUACAUAUAUAUUUUUUUGCUGUGACUCUGUGUGUGUGUGUGUGUGAAUAAUUUGGUGUUAAAUGUAGGCCAAACAACGACAAACGACGAAAAGACGGAGCAACAAUAACAACAACAACAACAAUUCGCAUAAUUGCAUAGAAAUUUACUGCGGCUGUCCAACGACGACAAAAGCGAAAGGCCCUUGGAGAUGGAUCGGGCGGGAAUGCAGGCACGUCCCGUGCCGGCUCCGCGUCGCCUUUACCCGGAGAUACGGGCAGCCGACUAUGAGAAUAUCGAGAUCAAUGUGAACAGCAGCAGCAGCAGCACAAAUACUGCCAGUAGCACCAAUCAAAUCAAUCACAGUCACAGCAACAACAACAACAACAAUAUAAACAACAACAGUGCGUGCAAAAAGUUAAACAUCGAUGUGGAGAAUAUGCACGCAAGUUGCGCUGACAAGAAACUGCCAGCGUAUAGUCACAACAAACUGAUACUCCAGGAGCUGAACGUGGAGCAGCCAAUCUAUGGACCCGAUGCCAAUGAGAAUGUGCCCACAGAGCCGCUUUAUGCGACGCCCAAGCCAGCGCCCAGGCAGCGAGCAAGAGCGGAGCUGCUGCUGGAAAAGGAGGAAGACGAAGAGCGAGAACGAGAAGCGGAAGCGAAAGCUGUGAAAGCAGCGGAAGAGCAACCUGGAACAUUGCCAAAGAAGGCAUUGCGUGCUGCGCCUCAAGUGCCAACGAAGCAGCAACAACUUGAACUCGAACGUCGUCGCCCCGAUCGCUGCUCCAUCUCGAGUGAGUUCUCCACAACAAGCAUUGGAGGCAACGGGCAGCCGGAGGAUGAUUCCCGUUACGCAUCGAAUGCAUCGCUCGACUGCAGCGAGAGCGGCUCACAGAGCGGCAAAUUCAAGUCGCCGUCACCCGGGUACGUAGACGUUGAGGGUGAGCACAAGGAUGUUGUUCAGCGGGAGCCCCAAACUGAAACAGAUAUUGAGAGUCAAACACAAAAUGAAACCGAAACCGAUACAGAAACUGAAACUGAAUCUGACAUCGAAAUCGAAAUCGAAACAGAGGCCGAGGCGGAUGGCGCCGCCUCGUCCGAUCUGUCGGAGAUUUCUGCAAGCUGUGACGAUCCCAAGAAUCUGCUGCGCUCGCUGGGCAAUACAUCGAAGCUACUCGGCGAGGCGAUUGGCGAGCGCGUUGCCUUCAAGGCGAAGGGCGCCAAGAAGCGCAUCGACAAGAAUCUAAAAAGCUCCACGGAGGCGAUCAGCAAUCUCGGCACCGAUCUGCGAAACGCUGCUGGCAAACGUUUCGGUUCGAAUUUCUCAUUGGGCAGACGCGACAAGACGGCUGCAGGCGGUGCUCCGGCAACCGGAACAUCGUUGGAUAGCCAAGCGGAGGCGGAGGCGGAGCUGGAACGACGUCGCACGAUGCCCAACACGGAUGUGUUUAGUGCAAUACAGUUCAAUAGUCCGCUGCAUCGCAAUGCGAACGGCGGCGGCCAAACGGAUCUCAGCGAGCAGCCCGCCGACGAGCUGACCUACGAGGUGCCGCCGAUGCAGUCGAAGCUGAAGCCCGCCAAGGCUGCCAAGCCGCCCAGCUACGAUGAGGCAUUGCGGUCGCGACCCACGCCGCCGGUGCCCGCGGUGGCCGCCAAGCAUUUGGCUCUGGAGGCAGCACAAAAAGUGCAGCUGCGUAGCCAGCAGCAGUCGAGCAGCGGCGAUUCGACAGGCGAGGAGUUGCCGAUGCCAGCGUUUCCGGCGCCGCGUCUCUCGCAGCAUUUGGACGCACUGCAGCCGCCGACACGCCACAAGCGUCGCAAGAACUACGAGAACAUACAGUUGCGUCGUCCGCCCGUCGAUUCCGCCGAGCUGCAUGAACUGAAUCGCGUCGCAGCCGAUGCGGAACGCAAGGAAUCGCUGCUCCUCAAUGCGAACAUUGCGGCCGAAGAGGCGCGUGCUCCGAAGCCAGAGCGCAGCGACUCGUGGCAAUUCUACGACGAGGCCGCAGUGAAUCCUGGCGAGGCGGAAGAGGAGGACGUCGACUGCGAUUCGUGCUCGUCCCCAGAGCCGUUGUAUGCCAAUCAGGAGGCCACCUAUGGCAAGCUCUUUGAGAUGGCCACCAGCAGCAACAGUCGCAACAAGCUUCUGACCCCGCAGCCGGAACUCGCAUGCAUCAGCGAAGAUGGCGAGCUGGACAGCAACGAUGGCGCAGUUGGUGGCUGGUCGGGAGCGGGAGCGGGAUCGGGAGUCGGAGCUGGAACGCAUGCGGAGCUGAUCGAAGAGUUUGAUCCGCUGAUGAGCAAAUCAUCAACGCUGGCGCGUUCGAACAAAAGCAACGAACUGCUGCUGCUCGAGCAUCUGCUCGAGGAGGACACAUAUGGCACCAUCAAGCGGGAGCAGGACGAUGUCAGCAUGUGCACCUCCGAGGAGGAUGCGCGCAACAAUGAUGCCACAACACCAACAACGCCAACAAGAACAACGGCUGCCGUAGCUGGGGCAGCAACAACUUCCCCAUCGACUGCCGCAAGCAACGAGCAGUUGCAGGAAGAUUCGGAUUCCCCCGAUGCAGUCGAGGCACGCGCCAAACCCUUCCUUUGUCGCCUCGACGAAAAGUCCGCGGCAUCCGCUGUGGUCGUGGAUUUGUCAGCGCCAUCGCGGAAUCGCACCAAUUGGUUUGUGGGCGACAAGGCGAACACACACAUCGAGGGCGAUAGUCCGCCCACGUAUCUGGAGGCCAUUGGCGGCGACGGUCAACCGCUGGCCACAUCAUCAUCAGCAGCAGCAGCAGUCGGAGCAUCAACAUCAGCCGCAGCAGCAGCAACAACCACAUCGCCAACAGCUGCAGCUGGCGGUGAAACACGCUCCACGCUAGGUUCACGUUUCAGGCAAACGAUGAACGCCUUCUCGAAUGUCAAACUGCGCAUGGAUGCGAUGAAGCGACGUGCCAGCUUCAAGGGUGCUGCCCAGCGGCAGUCGGAUGUCAAGGUGGCACUCCAGAUGGUGCCACGUCCAUGUUUGUCGCCUCUGCUGGUGCGCUACGAGGGACCACUGGUGCGUUUUCCCUCGGGCGUCGUCGAGGACAUACUCAAGGAGAUGCAGAAUCGCAAAGCCAUUCUGCGUGAUCGUCAGUUUCAGACGUUCCUCGAUCAGGAGAUGAAGACGCCCAAGGAACUGAUACCGCUCGACACGAUCACGACGCUGCAGUGCGUCAGCAACAGUCGCGUCACGGACAGUGCCACGCAUUUCUAUUGCUUCGAGGUGACCACGUCGCAGCCGAAAAAUGGCAACGCCACCUCCGAUAAUAUGUCCUCCAAUCCGAAUCUGUUGAUGACCAGCAAUGCCUGCGGCAAUGUGAAGCAACAGCGUGUCGCCCAUCUCUACGGUGUGGGCAAGGAGUCCGAGCGCGGUGUCUGGAUGCAAAAGAUCCUCGAGAGUCUCACGAACAGCGUGCCCGUGAAAUAUACCUGCCACUAUUAUCGCGCCGGCUGGUGCUACCUUAAGAAUUCCAUCACCUCAGAAUGGAGCGGCACUUGGCUGGUGCUGCGCAAGAGUCAGCGACGUCUCAUCUUUGUGAGCGAGGCCAACGGCAAUGUCGAGAAAAUGGAUCUUCGCAAAGCGCGUUGCAUAGUGCUGAAGGAGAGCGACGAUUCCAUUGACAAUCUGCACGUGGAGAGCGGCCCGUUGCUGAUGAUCGACUGUCCGCCGUACUCGGUGUACAUGAUCAUGAGCUCGGCGAGGGAGACAAAGAUCUGGCGACACAUCAUUCGCGAGGUGGCCCACAACAAUGGCUUCUCACUAGGCGAUCAGCAGCUGACGCGCUACGAUGUGCCCGUCAUCGUGGACAAGUGCAUCAAUUUCGUGUACAUUCACGGCUCCAUGUCGGAGGGCAUUUAUCGCAAGUCCGGAUCGGAGAAUUCGAUGCACAAACUGAUGAGCGCCUUUCGUGCGGAUGCCUUCAAUGUGGAGAUCACGCGCAACGAAUACAAUGAGCACGAUGUGGCCAAUGUCCUCAAGCGUUUCAUGCGCGAUCUGCCCGAACGUUUGCUGGGCAAACUAACCGACAGCUUUGUGUUUGUCACCGAACUCGCUGUGGCCUCCGAGAAGAUACCCAUCUACAGGGAGCUGCUCGGACGGCUGAGCACCAUUGAGCACGAGACGUUGCGACGCAUCGUUGGCCACUUGGUGUUCAUCAGUUCCCAGCAGGCGAAGAACAAAAUGAGCAUACAGAAUCUAACUAUGAUCUGGGGUCCCACACUGCUGGCGAAGAAGUGUGACGAACUCAUUUACUCACAGAAGGAGGCCGAUGUGCUCACCGAUCUGAUUGUACUCUAUAAGAAUCUAUUUCCCUGCAGCGCCGAUGAAAUGAAAAAGGAGCAAGCCAUGCUGAUGUGCCUGCAAAAAUACUAUGCAGCCGCUGAGACACUCAAAGAUGCUGUGAAACAGUCUGGUGAUAUUAAGAUCUGGAUCAGUCUAAAUCCCAAUCCGGAUAAUACAACAGAGGAGAAGACACAAGUGAAUGCGACAAUCUCACCGACAAAGACCGCCUAUGAGUUGUGUCGCGAGUAUUCGGAGAAGAUGCGAUUGCCCACACAUCAGCUGACGCUGUACGAGGUGAUCUUGAAUGAUAGUCUAGAGCGGCCGCUGCAUCACGAUGCCAAAGUGUUCGAUGUCAUAUUGAACUGGUCGUAUUGGCCCGAAGAGGAUCGCAAGCACAAUUAUCUUGUGGUUCGACCCAUCGAUAUGCUACGCGAGGUGCAGCGGGCUGUGAAGAAUCUGGCGACAGUGACGCCGGGCAAGGAGCUGCGCUUUGCUGACUAUCGCACCAAGUCCUUUAAGUCGCUGCAGUGUGAGCUGCGUGAUGGCAAAAUUGUUGUCUCGAAGAAGGAUAAGAACGACAAGACAACGAUAAUACGUGAAAUAUUCCUGCAGAGCUCAACCGCGUAUUUGGGCUGUGAACGCAAGCGUGACUUCCCCUGGAGCUGGGCUAUCACAUUUGUGGAGCGCACUCAGGCGCAAAUUAUGAGAUCGCGUGAUGCUCCGUACAUUGGUCAUGUGCUGGCGGGCAGUGAAUGGGUCGAUCGCACUAUUUGGUAUUCGAGCAUUUGGUAUUGUCUACAUGGGGAUAAUAUAUUGCCGCCAGCGGAGAUCAUCAUCAAGUGAGAGAGAACAAUUUUCCAAGAUUAUUCUACCCUUAAUUUUAUUUUAUUCAUACUGGUCCUUUCUAAUUAUUAUUAUUAUUAUUUAAAAAUAUUUUUUCUUAUGUUUUUUUUUUUUUAGCUUAAUUGGCAAUAUUAUUUAGUGUUUUUUUAGUGCGAUAAAUUGUAGAUACUUUUGAAUAAUAUACUCUAAACUUGAAUUGAUCGAUCCGAAGUUAAAGUUUCCAUAACGAUCGUGAUAAAGCAAAUGAAAAUGUGUGUUUAGCAUUUGUGCAAUACAAAAAAGUAAUUUCCAUCUAUCAAUAAUGUAAUUUAGCAAAUUAUAUCAUUCUUUUAUAAUAUCCCCAGCACAUUGAAUUAAGUUCAACGCUUUUGGUUCACACUUAAAUCUUUCAUAGCCUCACAAACUUAUCCACAUAUGAGUACUUUUUGUAUUCAUGUACUUAUCAAUGAAUAUCCGACAAGAAACAUUAUUCCAAUUUCCUUAUAUCAUCAGUUUUUUGGAGUAUUCUUUUCAACGUUGUGCAUUUAACAACAUUUAUCUUAAAGUUAUGCCAUCUGUCUUCAAUGUAGCUAGUUCCUCCGAGGCAUCUUCGAUAUUUUGUGUGUAUGUUUUGUUCGUUUGUGUAAAUGUAUUAGUAUGACUGACAAUGUGUGUGUGUGUAGCUAAGGAAAAUUGAAUUUCACAUCCAUCUUUUCACUAUUGCAAACUUAAUUAUAUUUGUAUUUUUUUCCAAUUUAUAUCUUAAUAUUUCGGUUUCCAUAUUUAUGUAUUUUUAUAUGAUUGCAUUUUAAAUUUAAUAAUAGUAAACAUUCUAAUUAAGCAAAGAAUGGAGAAAAAACAUAUGUAGAUGAAAAUAUAAACACAAGAUAUAUUUUGUAUUUUUUAAUGCCAUUAUAUAUUAAUUUCUAUG